AUGGAUCACACAAUCCGGAAAUAUGCUGAAGAGCGGGAGAAGCGCCUCCGCUCAGAUGGAACAAAGCAAUAUAAGAAUCUUCAAGCGGAACAGCCUGAGGAUUAUCUUCAAGAUCCGUUCGUUGACUACGAAAAAAUUCGAGCUCAGGAGCCACCCCUUCGGCACGGUGACAGCAUCAAGUUUUUGAUCGUGGGUGCUGGACACAAUGGAUUACUCUUUGCAUACCGCCUGAUGGAAAUGGGAUUCAGAUCCAACGAAAUCUGUGUCAUUGACAGCGCGGGCGGAUUUGGCGGUACAUGGUACUGGAAUCGGUACCCAGGUGCAAUGUGCGAUGUUGAAGCAUCCAUUUAUCUCCCCCUACUAGAGGAGACCAGUUAUAUUCCCAAGCAUCGGUACUCAUUCGGAUACGAGAUUCGCGAGAAUGCAGAGCGAAUUGCGGCCCAUCUGGAUCUACGAGCGAUGUUUUGCACCAAAGUUCACAGUCAGGUGUGGAACGAAGCGGAAGGAGCCUGGACCAUAAGCAUGAAGCGUAACCUAGGUCCCGGAUUCGAAGGAGAGAACCUGACUGUUCAGGCCCGCUUUGUGUUCGGUGCCUGGGGAUACUUCUAUUCCCCCCGGAUCCCCGAGCUUCCUGGUUUGGACAUCCUCAAGACUCGUAGAAACACAUUCCAUACAUUCCACACAUCUCGCUGGGACUACGCAUAUACAGGCGGCUCACAAGAAUAUCCUACCCUCGUGAAUCUCAAGGACAAAAAGGUCGUUCCAGAGCUAGCCAAGUGGGCCAAGCACUUAUACGUGUUUCAGCACGUGAUAUCUUGGCACAAGCAUGUUGCACAUGAGGAGGGAUGGCAAUUUAAACGACAACUCAACUUUGACCACUUCAUCUCAGAUGAUCCUGAUCGUCCCGCCGACUUAGUGGAAGAUGGUUGGACUACGAAUCGAGCCUACGCGGGAUCCGUUGGUUCGCGCGGAUUUGCCUCAGCGCGGAUGAACGACGAUUUCUUCCGAUCAAUGCUGAAAUUUGACGAGGAACAUGCUGAGCAAAGCCGGGCCUAUGUCGAUCGCGAAGUCUCAGAUCCUGAAAUUGCCGAGAAGCUGAAGGCGUGGUAUCCGGGGUGGUGCAAAAGACCUACGUUCCAUGACCAGUACUUGAGCGCUUUCAACCAGCCCAAUGUCACGCUGGUGGACACCGACGGCAAAGGGGUCCAAGGCUACAGUCCAUCGGGGGUCAUUGUAGAUGGAUCUGAGUAUGAUCUGGAUGUCUUGAUAUUUGCGACCGGGUUUUCGCCUUCUUCCAAGGCCACUCCUGCUGACCGAAUGGAUGGAACUAUUAUAGGCCGGAAUGACCGGUCCCUUCACGAUAAAUGGAGAAGCAGCGAUUUCGGGACGCUGUUUGGACUCAUGUCCAACCAGUUUCCCAACAUGUUUUUCUACGCCGUUGCGGGAGUUGGGUCAUCUCCCAACUUGACAACAUAUUAUGAAGGACUGUCCAGGCUUGCUGCCAAUAUCUUAGCAGAAGCCCAUAGUCAGUCAGGUUGCUCCGAGAAGUUGAUAAUUGAGGUUUCCAAGGAGGCCGAGGACAGGUAUACCGAUCAAGUCGAAAGAAGGUCUCACUGGUAUUCUAUUCUAGCCAGCUGUACACCUGGCUACUACAACGGUGAAGGAGAGGUAUCCCAGAAGCAGCAAACACCCAAAGAAGCUAAGAAAGCUGCGAGAGCUAGCGGAUGGGGUGGAGGCCCCGUGGAAUACCAUGCAAUGAUUGAGACUUACAUAAACGAAGCUCAGCUGAAGGGAAUUACGAUUCAAAUUGUAUAA